GCCCCCAGGGUCUGGAGCGCGUCGCGGCCCGCACAACUCUAACCCCAGCUCGACUUUCCUUUCGUCUCAAUACACUCCAUAUUGACGAUGAAGUUGUCCACGAUACUUCUACCAUUGCUGGCGGCGCCCUUUGCCGCCAGCGAACACACAUCCAACUGGGCGGUCCUAGUAUCGACCUCACGCUUCUGGUUCAACUACCGCCAUUUGGCCAAUGUCCUGUCUCUCUACCGCACAGUAAAGCGACUUGGAAUCCCCGACUCGCAAAUCAUUCUCAUGCUCCCCGAUGACAUGGCGUGCAACCCGCGCAACGCCUUCCCCGGAACCGUGUAUAACAACGCCGACCGCGCGCUCGACCUCUACGGCGACAACAUCGAGGUGGACUACAGAGGCUAUGAAGUCACAGUCGAGAACUUCAUUCGCCUCAUGACGGACCGUGUGGGCGAAGAUAUGCCUCGUAGUAAGCGACUAAUGACGGACGAGCGAAGCAACAUCCUUGUAUACAUGACCGGCCAUGGGGGCAAUGAAUUCCUGAAAUUCCAAGACGCAGAAGAAAUCAGUGCCUUUGAUCUCGCCGACGCCUUUGGCCAGAUGUGGGAGAAGAAACGCUACCAUGAAAUCCUCUUCAUGAUCGAUACCUGCCAAGCAAACACCAUGUACUCGAAAUUCUACUCCCCCAAUAUCCUGGCCACAGGCUCCUCAGAAAUCGACCAGUCCUCCUACUCGCACCACGCCGACAACGACGUCGGCGUCGCAGUCAUCGACCGCUACACCUACUACAACCUCGAGUUCCUCGAAACAAAAGUCAAAGACCCCACCAGCAAACUCACAAUGGGCGAGCUCUUCGACAGCUACGAUGAGGAGAAAAUUCACAGUCGCCCGGGCAUUCGCUACGAUCUUUUUGCGGGCGGCGAGCAGGAAGCCAGGAACAGGAAGGUUAUGGAUUUCUUUGGCAAUGUCCAGAAUGUGGAGGUUGAGGGCAGGAACGAGACGGGUUGGGUAAGCGAGGCGGGAAGUGGUCGUGCGACCAAGCUGGCUAAGGCGCAUGAGCAGAGUGUGGUGGAGAAUGCGAGUUCGCAGCAGCAACCCGUGGUGGAGAGCGUGCGGAGAGAAGGCGCGUGGAAAGUGGAUAAGGAGCAAGGGUGGAAUAAGCAGGCGUAUGGUGCGGCGGCUUUGGUUGGCUGUGCGGGUAUGUGGCUUGCUGGAAGCUGGUUGGAGUCUUUAUAGAAGAGUACCUGCUGUAUUUAAAGCAGUCGUUCUCUUGUCAUGCCUACCCAAUGAAGAAAAAAAAGGCCGAGGCAAAUGCCAGCAGCGUGUAGAUAGAUAGUCUCAGUUUUUAGUCCUG